UAAUUAUUUAGAAGAGCAAUGUAUGGAUCCCCCUUUGCCGAUUGUUUUGUACACAGAUGGCUGUACUAAUCAAAACAGAAACCAGUUCUUGGCUAAUGCCCUACUUCAUUUUUCGAAGCAGAAUAACGUUGAAGUUACUCAAAAAUUUUUAAUAAAGGGCCAUACACAAAUGGAGGGGGACUCUGUCCAUGCUUUGAUAGAACGAAAAUUAAAAAACAAGGAAGUCUACUCGCCUUACGAGUUGGUGAAGUACACAAAAGAAGCACGCGAAAAGCCUUUUCCAUAUGAAGCAAAAUAUUUGUAUAACGAUUUUUUCAAAGACUUUUCAAAAAUCAGCUACUACGACUCUAUACGCCCUGGAAGAAAAACAGGUGAUCCAGUUGUCACUGACAUACAUGUACUUAAGUACAAACCUGAGGGGAAAAUCAUGUACAAAAUGAAUUAUGAUGAUGCCUAUAAAGAUUUGCCGAGACGACCCCAGAACGUGGACCCUAGCUCUAAACCAGGAGCCCUGUACAAAGGCAGACUUUCCAUAACAGAAAAAAAGUACAAGCAUCUGCAAGAAUUAAAGGCUGUCAUCCCCAGAGAAUAUCAUAGUUUUUAUGAGAAUUUACCCUACAAAUAGAAACUCUCACUCAAACAGAAAAGUUAAUGAGAGAUCAGAGACGUUUUAGUGUUGUUAGCUAUUUAAACCUAUUUUACAAACUUUGUUGUGUGUAGUGAACUUGAU